AUGAAGGACUCGUAUUGUGAUGUGCUCAUUAUUGGUGCUGGUCCUGCGGGAGUCAUGUGCGCCAAUGCACUCGCACGUGAAGGUAUCAGCGUUCGCGUCGUCGACAAGCGUCCGGAGAACAUCCCUGCAGGGCAAGCUGACGGUAUUCAGCCCAGGACGAUCGAAGUUCUGCAUAGCUAUGGUCUAGCUGACAAGCUGCUCGCCGAAGGUGCUCAUCUAAAUAUGAUGGCUUACUAUAAUCCGACUCCCGACGGCAAAGGCAUUGAACGAACAUCUCGCGCCCCUGAUGUAAAUGCCCCUACGACCAGGUACCAGUACAAGAUCACGCUCAACCAAACCGCGAUUGAAGAUCUAUUCUUGAACUCCAUGAGGCAGAACGGGCUGCAUGUCGAGCGUCCUGUUAUUCCGACCAACCUCAAAAUUUCAGACGAUGAGACGGUGCUGAAUGAUUCGAAAGCUUAUCCUGUGGAGGUCACCUUGCAUCGGUUGUCCGGGCCCGAAACUUGCACCAUGAAUGACACCAGCAGUCACACGAAUGUCGUCGACCCAACUGUCGAACUCGCCGCCGACAAUGAAUUGGACGAACGCGUCCAUGCUAAAUACGUUUUGGGUGCUGAUGGUGCUCAUUCAUGGGUUCGCAACCAGUUAGGCAUCAAGCUUGAAGGGGAACAUACCAAACACAUCUGGGCGGUAGUCGACUGUGUUCCCGAAACAAACUUCCCUGAUAUCCGGAAUCGGACAGCGAUACAUUCGAACAACGGAAGCUGUAUGAUCAUCCCUCGCGAAGGUGAUCUCGUGCGUUUAUACAUUCAACUGGCGGACGCAGAGGAUCUAGCAAACGGUGGGAGGCUUGACAAGUCGCUGGUCACCCCAGACCGCAUCAUGAAUGUCGCCAAGAGAUCCAUGUAUCCUUACAAGAUCGAAUUUCCGCACGAGCCUAUCUGGUGGACCGUCUAUAUUAUCAGCCAGCGUGUUGCAACACAAUUUUCCGUCAAAGAGCGAGUGUUUAUCGCCGGUGAUGCCUGCCACACCCAUUCGCCCAAGGCUGGAUUGGGUAUGAAUGCCAGCAUGAAUGAUACACAUAAUCUGGCCUGGAAACUCAUACACGUAUUACGGGGCUGGGCGUUUCCUAAACUCCUCGAGACGUACGACUUAGAACGGAAGAAGUUUGCCCAGGAUCUCAUCAAUUUUGACCGUAAACUAGCGGACAUGUUCUCCGGGAAGGCAGUCACUGCAGAUAACAUGGAUGGAGUAUCUCACGAAGAAUUCCAAGCGCUUCUGAGAACCGAAGGAGGAUUCACCGCAGGAACGGGCAUUCAAUAUCAACCUUCUAUCAUCACCCAGCCGGGCUCCACGACAUCUGGAUCAGGGAUCUUAGUUGUUGGUCAACGCGUGCCUCCCCAGGUUAUCUUGAGAGUUGCAGAUUGUCGACCAUUUGAAAUUCAAGAUCUCCUCAAGAGCGAUGCCAAGUGGAAAUUACUGUUUUUUGUAGGAGAUUGCAAGCUUGAGAAGCAGAUUGCCCUUGUCAAUGCUGUCGGAGAACAUCUACAAUCACCUUCGAGCUUCCUGAAACGAUAUACGCCCAAGGAGGCUGCUGCAGAUGCUGUCUUCCUCAUUCUUUGGAUUGCGCGAACUCAGAAAGAAGUUGCAGACUAUACGGACGUGCCCAAGGGAUUGCGGUCACACUGGUCAACAAUUUACACUGACGACGUUGCUGUCGAUGGCAAAAAGGGUGGGGAUGCCUAUGAGAACUAUGGCAUUGGGCAUGCAGGUGGGGUUGCUGCUGUCCGUCCCGACGGAUACGUCGGGUAUGUGGGAAGCCUCAAAGAGGUCUUGGAUGGGCAUCUUGAUGAAUAUUUCUCCGGAUUCAUGUUUAGCUCUCUUUGA